AUGCCUAUGGGAUGCUUAGAAGUGGGGGAUAAAGCUGGAGAGAGACGGGCUUAUGGAAGUCUUGGCAAUGCCUAUCAUAGCUUAGGCGAUUUUCAUAAGGCUAUCAGUUACCACGAGCGUCGUCUACAAAUUGCAAAAGAAGUGGGGGACAAGGCUGGAGAAGGAGAGUCAUACGCCAAAGAGGAGGAUGAGGUACCUUAUUACACCGGCAGGAAAGAUUUGGCAGAUAUAGAAGAUGCAACAGUAGACACUGAAGACAAUGAAAAGACUUUGAUCAAAAGAGGAAAAAUCGGAGGUAAGGAAGACUCAUGGCACCUGAGGGAAGCUGGUGCCUCUAUCAAACUUUGCAGUGGAGCUGUACAACAACCUGUGCCAUUUACAUGUAGAUGCUUAUUGUGGAACCCCAGGACCCUCUCCCCCUCCACUGCCAGUGAUGAGAUAUUGGUUAGCAGUGUUAUUGAAAUAUCUCAUGAUGGCCCACCAGAUCUGGAUUACAAGAAAAGUUUUGAAGGAAUAAGUUUUACUGUAUCUUUGCUGCACAGUGCCCCAUAUUUGGAGGGGUAUGAGGUGGUUAUCAAGCAACUGACUGACCAAGAGAACAAUGAAUGGAAGGAAUUAAAGACACAGAAUACUUGGCAUGGAUCAGAAACUUCAACAGUUCCCAAGUGGCUUUUCCCAUUUGCACAAGCUGUUUGUACAAAAUCAGCAGUUUCUUCAUUUGCUGCAGUCUGGCGUCCUAAGUCUUUCACCUUUUCAAGAGGUACUGCAGGAGGCCCGGAAUUGACCUGUAUUGUGCCUGACCUUCCUGAUGUCAGUGUCCAAAUUCCUCAGAGUUGUGUUCCUGUUUAUCAAGAUUUCUGUGUGACAAUCAAGGUACAAGAAUUCCCAAGCAGUGAGCUAAAAGGAGAGGGAGGACUUGUCGGUCCAGUUAUUUACAUUUCAGGCUCUCAAAAUGUUAGUCUCAUCGCGCCUGUAACAAUAAGGAUUCCUCUCACCUUCCGUAAAGAAAAACAAGAGUUGGCAGAGUUACGUCCCGGUGAACUGAGGAUAUUACAAUGUGAAGCACAUGACUGGAAAGACAUUACAGAUAAAUUAGAUGAACCGCCACGUCUUGUAGAUGGGAAAGUGCAAUUUAAAGUUAGGCAUUUCUCUGGAUUCCGUCCAAUCAAGUUGAUGAGAUCACUUUUACAAUCUACUUCGGGCUUCACUGAGUUUGUAGGAAAACUUUGCUAUAGGUCUAGGCCUCAGCAUGCCCGAUUUUUUACGUGCUUGUGUGAGACCGGUGUUCGUGGACAUUUUAAACUCAAACUUUUUUGCUAUCCUCAAAGACUGUAUUAUGAUGUAAUACGGAAAAUAUCGGAAUGUGUCGUACCCUACAAAGACGAAGGCUGCUCUUCUAAACCAGUUUGUGGAGAGGAGAAAAUUUUGGUGUCUCUUUCCGAGGCUAUCAUACCCCAGGGCACAGACCAAAAAAAUGCCCUGCAGUUUGUGAGAUUCCACGAGAACAAAGUUUAUUACACAGGUGGUGAAGUUUGCUUAGGAAGUGAGAGUGUUCCAGGAGUGAAGUUUUGCGACCAAAAUCAGCAACUUUUGUGCAACAUUAUCAUGGUAUUAGCGUCUCAAGUUUCUAUUCCUGUCACCUCUGACUUUGAAGAAGGAAGUGGUAUCUCCUCCCAAAGUGUGAAACAUUCAAUCGUAAAGCAUCCAAAUUCUGAAUCAUCGUCAUGCAGCCCUGUUGCAGCUCCUAGGAAGAAGAUACACCAAUCUACAGGUUUGGUUUGUUAUCCUCAUUUGGUUAAAGAUGGUGAACCAUCAGAUGAGGAGUUGGAAUGUCUGUCCAGGGAACUUGCAGGAAAAUGGAAGACAUUAGGAAGACGCCUGGGAUUCAACGAAGCUGCAAUAGAUGACUUUGAACAAGCCAAUAAGGAAGCUGGCAACGAGCAAUAG